UUGCCGCCCUCUUGUGGACAAAAGAAUAUCGCCCUUGCAUUGAAUUUCUGAUCUUUAACCCUUUGUCGCCAUCAAGUGGCCAUACGGGGAAGCACAGCGUUUAAGAAGGCGGGCUCUGAUGGGCCAAGGCAGGGCUUGAAUGGGCCAAUGGGACGGCGUCUCUCCUGGUGACGUCAGGCCUAGUCUUCGACGGUUGUGCGCAGGCGCGGACUGCGGCCUAGUUGUCGUGAGGCGACCACGGCCUUUCCUGAGCGGCGGAUCCGGGUAUGAGUAGAGCGCCGCUGGUGGGGUACAGCAGCUCGGGCUCGGAGGGUGAAGAGGAGGCGGAGGCGGAGGGAUGGAAAAGCUCUUCCAGUGCCCCGGCCCCUCGGCUCCAUGUGCCGGAGAGCGUCCUGCGCAUGUUCAAAGAGCAGGAGGAGCAGGAGGCGCCACCAGACGAGAGCGAGAAGCAUGGAGGACGCCUGCGCACUUUCCCCCACGAACGGGGCAACUGGGCAACACACGUCUAUAUGCCCUACGUGGCUGAAGAAGACUUCCAGGGCCUUUUGCAGGCGCUCCUCUGUUGUGCCCGGACCUAUGUGCCCUCGCUGAGCCCGCUCCCUGAAUUCCACAUCAGCCUCUCGCAGGUGGUGGUCCUGCGCUACCACUGGAUCGCCCCUUUCGUCCAGUCGCUCAAAGAGCGCCUGCGGUCAGUCUCCAGGUUCAUCUGCAGAGCGGACCAAGUGAAGGUUUACACCAACCAGACCAAAACCAGGACCUUCCUUGGCUUGGAAGUCUCUUCAGGGUAUUCAAAGCUGUCGGAGUUGGUUUCUGAAGUGGAUAAAGUCAUGGAGGAGUUCAGCCUGGCCACCUUCUACAAGGACCCCUCUUUCCACUUGAGCCUGGCCUGGGGCCUGGGGGACCUGUCCGAAGCCCUGGGAGGACAACGCCUGCAAGAACUCCAGACGGUGGACGGCUUUGAGGACUCCUCGUCCUUCCUCCGCAUCCCCGGGACGGAGGUUCGAUGCAAGUCGGGCAAUAAGUUCUUCUCCUUCCCUUUGCGGUAGCAGUGGUGGCAGCACCGAUGCCAUUUCUUUCCCGUGCCAGAAGCAAUGGAUGGGCACCACUCCCAGGUUCACAGGAGGCUCCAGACGACGUUCCCGGCUCGACAGGAGACUUGGCUACGGCUUCCUUUGCAAAGCCUGACUGGGAUGGCAGGGGUGAUGCAACAUUAGCAGCCCUUUUUGGAUGCUCUUGUGCUGAGGAAGGAAGGAAGGAAAGAAGAAGGAGGGAAGGAAGGAAUGAAGCUCUCCGAAUGAGAGAUGGCCAAGUGGACCCUUUGGAUGCUCUCUGGAGUCCCUCUGAGAGUGAAGCCAUGGACAGGUUGUUUCUCCCUGAUUCCAGGGAAUUGCGCUUUUUUUUCCAAAAUUGUAAAAUGCAGAAUAAAAUGUUGCUUUUUUAAAUAUA